GAGCUCUCUUCAAGAAAGAUAAUGACGAUAAUGCUGGUGCCGAAACUCUGCUUGUUGAUGGGUCGAGUACGUGUAAGAUUAAACGAAGGAGUAAACUCAUUGAUAUAGGGAAUUUCAUCGGUUAUACAGUGGCAUGUCUCGAUGAAGAAGAUCUUGAUCCAAUUUUUGAUGAUGAAAUCGUCCUGUCAGUGGAAGAAAACAUGGAGGUUAAUUUAGUUAUGGCAACACCCCCACUUGACGAUGAGGAAGAAACAACAACAAAGAGACCAAGAAGGAACAAAAAAGCUAAGGGUAAAAGUAAAGGAAAGGGUAAAACCACAACCGGACCAUCAGGUGAUGACGAAGAUGACGCCGAUGAAGAAGACACAACAAACAAACCAAGAAGGAACAAAAAAGCUAAGGGUAAAGGAAAGGGUAAAACCACAACUGGGCCAUCAGGUGAUGACGCCAAUGAAGAAGACACAACAAACAAACCAAAGAAGAACAAAAACACUAAGGGUAAAGGUAAAGGAAAGGGUAAAGAUAUUAACAAAAGCACCCCAUCAAUUGAGGAAUCAGGGGAGGGCAGUGAAGAAGAUGAUGACGUUGAGGAAGUGGAAUUCGUUAUUCUCAACCCUGAUGGAACACUUGUCAACACAACAAGAAGACGACCAUGUCGUGAACGUCCAAGGUGUGCUUGUAGAAGGUUCGGUCUUUGUGGUACAACAACAACUGCUCCUACUUCCUUCACAACUAGCGAUGGUAACCUUUGUACGUGCGUACCUACUACCGCCACAAUCCCAAUGACAUCUGGAUCGACAGGAUCUUCAUUUAGCACCAGUUCACCCUCAACCAUUUCACCAAUAACUACUGGACCAACAACUACAAGUGGCGGAACAACACCUACGUGCGGUUCCGAUAUUGUCAAUUGUGCUCCAAGAUCUGUAAGAAGCUGGGGUCUCGACAGGCUGGACGACACUGAUGAUAACAUCCUCACAUCACAUGGUCUUGGACAGGGUAUCGAUGCUUACAUUGUAGACACAGGUGUUAACAUCCAGCAUACAGAAUUCUGUGGUCGUGUUGAGCCUGGAAGAAACUUUGUAGAUGGAACUUCUUUCUCAGCAAAUGACGACAAUGGACACGGAACCCACGUGGCUGGCACUGUUGGUGGGAAAACAGUUGGAGUUGCUCGAGAUGUGACGAUCAUUCCUGUUAAAGUUCUGUCUGCCGGUGGUUCUGGAAGUACAUCUGGAAUUGUGAACGGAUUAAACUGGAUCGUCGAGCAGUAUAGGAGCAGGGGAAGGAAGGCAGUCAUCAAUAUGUCUCUGGGAUGUACAUGUAACAGCGUCACCAUGAACAAUGCCCUCGGUGC